UAUUUGUGCCGGUGAUAAAAUAUCCAACCAAAACAACCAAUGUGUUUUAUACUUUUUCUCAGUCAAUAUUAAUCUAGGGUAUUUUUUGAGACGGAAAAACUACUUACAUAAAUAGUUCUAGUUGUUGGUUUGUACAUUAAGUUGCACAGUACACAAUUUUACAACGCUAAUAACGCAGCCGAUGCAUUCUGUCGUAUUUUAAUUUUUAAUUACAUAAUAAGAAUAAGAGCCGAGAAGAACGCAUUGUUUGGAUGAGUUAACUGCGCAGUUUGUUGUUGCUAGAUUUGAAAACACAAAUUCCUGGAAAAUGUCUGCCGGACACUGCAUGGUCUUUGCCAAAUCAGAAUCCAAGACCGUUGGAUUUGACACUAAGGCCAUUGUUUUGAUGCAAAUGAGAUUUGAUGGCAAGCUGGGCUUCACUGGUGGCAUCAUUGAAGAGGACGAUGGUAGCAUUGAAAUUGGUAUCGGCCGAGAAAUGCAAGAGGAAAUGGGUGUUGACCCCGGAGAGCAUCCACUGACCAAGGAAAACCAUGUUAGCUCGCAACCUUUUGAUUGCAAAAGCCUACCGCAUAUCAAAACUCUGCACUUCUAUGCCCUCCAAGUGUCCGAAGAGGCAAUUUCCAGGAUUGAGGAAAAUGCUAGGAAGGCCAUUCAUUAUGGCGAGGAGGUUCUUGGCUGGAUCAGAGUGCCUCUUUACACGAUGGAGGAUGGCUACAAUGGCUUUCCUGCUUUCUUGGACAACAACUUCGUGGGAAAUGCAAGGGAGCAGCUUAUUGAUGCGCUCAUCAAGACUGGCAUUAUGAGCAAGGAAGAAACUGAACUGGCUUUGAAAGCCUCAAAGAGUGCAGCUUAAAUUUAAAUGAUUACAUACCAUUCCUGUGUUUGACACUUAAAAGUAUUUAUUUAUGAUUAUUCAAUAUAAAAAUGUUGACUGUUUAAAUAAUUUUAAUCUAUCAGCCAUUCUUAUCACAUAAGAAAUAAAAAAAAUGUGCCUG